UCUUCUUCCUUUGCCGCUGCUGCAGUGUCUGAUUCCCCCUCCACCAUCUUCAUCGUCAACAUCCUCUUCUCCCUCCUGUCUCUGUCUGUCUGUCUGUCUGUCUGUCUGGGUCUCCCCCCUCCUCUUCCUCCUCCCUCCAUCCAGUGAAGGCACGGCCAGAUAUCACGGCGACAAAAGAGAGAGAGAGAGAGAGAGAGAGAGAGUGAGAGAGAGAGAGAGAGAGAGAGUGAGAGAGAGAGAGAGAGAGAGAGUGUGAGAGAGAGAGAGAGAGAGAGAGAGGCUGCAGACUUUCCGACCAGAGGAGGAAAAGGGAGAGGAGGAAGAAGAGAUACUGUAGAGGAGUCUCCAUCUUCGCCAUUCCAAUCAUGACUCUGGAAGACAGCUUCUGAAUUCCUGUUUGGUAUAAAGACUCUUCAGCUACAGGACCAGUGCCACACCGAGCUCCGACCAGAUGGAGGUGAAUGCGGUUAAGAAACGCCAUCGCACACGAUCCAAAGGAGUCAGAGCCACCGUGGAAGCAGUGACACAGGAGUUAUUCAGCUGUCCCACUCCAGGCUGUGAUGGCAGCGGUCACGUCAGCGGGAAGUACGCCAGACACCGCAGCAUCUACGGCUGCCCGCUGGCCAAGAAGAGGAAGGCUCUGGAAAAACAACCACUGGAGCCGGCUGCCAAGAGGAGGCCCUUCCUCACCUCCUGCACGGGGAGGAGGAGGAGGAGGGACGCCGGCGCCUACACCAUCUAUGAGAACGAAGCCAUGGAGGAAGGGAAGGAGCAAGGGGAGGUAGUGGAGGAGGAUGAGGAGGAGGAGAGAGAAGGAGACGAAGACGGCGAUGUGGAGGACGAGUUCUCGGAGGACAACGAGGAGCAGGGAGAGGAGGAAGAGGAGGAGGAGGAGGAAGAAGAUGAGGAUGUAGAAGUGGAGAGGGCAGAUACGACAAUGGGAGGAAGGCAGGCGGAGGAGGAAGAGGAGGAUGAGGAGGAGGGGAUGUAUGAGGAAGAGGACGAAGUGGAAGAUGGGGAUGAUGAGGAGGAGCAGGAUGAUGAGGGAGAGGAAGAUGAGGACGAGGAAGAGGAGGAGCAGAAUCGUCAGCAUGUAGAAAAUCACUACAAACCCAGUGGACAAUCGAAGCUCAUUCCAAUUCAGAAGGACGACAACAACAAUAACAGCUGCACCAUCGGCGCCGGUAACGGCACCGGAGAGGAUUACGAGAACUACGACGAGCUGGUCGCCAAGUCGCUGCUCAACCUGGGCAAGAUCGCCGAGGACGCGGCCUACCAGGCCAUGACCGAGUCUGAGAUGAACAGCAACUCCUCCAACAGCGCCGGCGAGGACGAAGACGACGACGAGUACAGCAAUCACGGCGACCGCAAGGGCGAACUGAGCGUGGACCUGGACAGCGACGUGGUCAGGGAGACGGUAGAUUCCCUGAAGCUCCUGGCGCAGGGACACGGCGCCAUGCUGCCCGAGGACGGCUACCCAGACGGCGCCAUGGCCGAUGACAUCGCCCACGCCAACGGGAGGCCCGGGGCGGGGGUUAGGGCUCAGGCGGAGGAGAGCGAGGAGGAGGUGUGUCUCAGCAGUCUGGAGUGUCUGAGGAACCAAUGCUUCGAUCUGGCUCGGAAACUGAGCGAGACGCAGUCGUGUGAUCGGCCCGCCCUCCACGCUCUCCACCACCAACUCCAAAUCCCGACAGACCAUCAGGCGGUGCAUCACAUGAACAAGUACGACAGCUGCCAGCAGAGUGCACAGGAGGAGCACAGGUCUUUGGAACGCAGCUACUCGGACAUGGUGAACCUGAUGAAGCUGGAGGAGCAGCUGAGCCCGGGGUCCAGAGGUUAUCCAACCAGCUGCAGCCAGGAGGGAGACGAAGACACCACGUCGGUGGCCUCCGACCGCUCGGACGAGACCUUCGACAUGGCCAAGGGAAACCUGUCGCUGCUGGAGAAGGCCAUCGCCCUGGAAUCAGAGCGGGCCAAGGUCAUGAGGGACCGCAUGGCCUCGGAGCACUCGUUGCCACGCCGGGAUCACCACCAUCAUCGAGGCCACGGCGAGCAUACCUCGAGGCUGAGCUGCGCUGGCGAGGAGCGCAAGUCCAGGAUGCACCAUGACGGGUUAAAGAGGGCGUACUACCCUAAAGACUCUUCCAGGGGGGAGAAGAAGGAGAGCAAGUGUCCGACGCCGGGCUGUGACGGGACUGGCCAUGUUACGGGUCUGUACCCGCACCACCGCAGCCUGUCCGGGUGUCCUCACAAAGACCGAGUCCCGCCUGAGAUCCUUGCCAUGUAUGAGAAUGUUUUAAAGUGCCCCACUCCCGGCUGCUCUGGACGGGGUCAUGUCAAUAGCAACAGGAACUCGCACCGCAGUCUGUCGGGCUGUCCCAUCGCUGCGGCAGAGAAGAUGGCGAAGGUCCACGAGAAGAUCCUCCCGACUGACAGCGGCAGUAAGACCAAUCAGACGUCAGACCGCGUUCUCAGGCCAAUGUGUUUCGUCAAGCAGCUGGAGAUUCCUCAGUACGGCUACAAAAACAACGUUCCCACCAGCACGCCGCGCUCCAACCUGGCCAAAGAGCUGGAAAAAUACUCCAAGACGAGUUACGACUACGGCGGCUACGACAGCCAGCAUGGCGGCUACGGGAAGAGAGGCCCGACAACCAAGUCCCACCACGGGCGAGACACCUCCCCGAAGGGAUACGAUGCUAAGCGCUACUGUAAGACGUCGAGCCCGGCCAGCAGUACGACCAGCAGCUACGCUCCCAGCACCAGCAGCAGCCUGAGCUGUGGAGUUGGAGGCGGCAGAGGAGACGGAGGAGGAGGAGGGGGAGGAGGAGGAGGAAGCAGCGCCAGCAGCACCUGCAGUAAAAGCAGCUUUGACUACACCCACGACAUGGAGGCGGCCCACAUGGCGGCCACAGCCAUCCUGAACCUGUCGACCAGGUGCAGGGAGCUCCCGCACGCUCUGGGAGGGAAACCCCAGGACCUGCUGACACAGAUCUCAGCAGUCAACUUGAGUCCGGUUGGCGACCUGGAAGACAGCGGUGCGGUGGACGUGGCCGGUCAGCCCGGCGGUCCGGAGGACAGCGGGACGGUGUUAACCCCCCUGCAGCCGAUGUCGCCCCAGCGACAGGCUCUGCUCAGCAGCCGCUGCUACCAGCUGAGCGACGCCGACUGCUGGGACCUGCCCGUCAACUACACCAAGAUCAAACGGCUGGGGGACGAGCAGGACCACAAAGAGUCUUCUUAUUUCUCGUCCCUACACCAGAGCGACGAGCUGGAUCCCUUCCAGGAGCUGCUGGACGAGCAGCGCUACCCGGCCGAGGUCACCAUGCCCAGCCCCAAACACCACAAGUACCCGCCCUGCAAGGAGAGCAAGAAGGAGCUCAUCGCGUUGUCAAGCUGCCAGCUGGCCGACAAGAACAUCCGCGGGAUGAUGACGCCCAACCCACAAGAACUCAGGUGUCCGACCCCCGGCUGCGAUGGAUCCGGACACAUCACUGGAAACUACGCCUCCCACAGGAGUCUGUCCGGUUGUCCACGAGCCAAGAAGAGCGGCAUCAAAAUCCUCCACAGCAAAGAGGACAAGGACGACCAGGAGCCAAUCAAGUGUCCGGUGCCGGGCUGUGACGGACAGGGACAUGUGACGGGGAAGUACGCCUCCCACCGCAGCGCGUCAGGCUGUCCCUUGGCGGCAAAGAGGCAGAAGGACAGCUACGUCAACGGCUCGCAGUUUGUCUGGAAAUCUGGCAAGACGGACGGCAUGAGCUGCCCAACCCCAGGCUGCGACGGCUCGGGACACGUCAGUGGGAGCUUCCUGACGCAUCGGAGUCUCUCCGGUUGUCCCCGUGCCACCUCGGCUAUGAAGAAAGCCAGGAUGAGCGGUGUGGAGAUGCUGACAAUCAAGCAAAGAGCAAGCAAAGGCAUCGAAAACGAUGAAGAAAUCAAACAGCUGGAUGAAGAAAUCAAAGAUCUGAACGAGUCCAACACUCAAGCGGAGUCCGACAUGAUAAAACUGAGGACACAAAUCACCACCAUGGAGACCAACCUGAAGUCCAUUGAAGAGGAGAACAAGGUGAUCGAGCAGCAGAACGACUCGCUGCUGCACGAGCUGGCCAACCUCAGCCAGUCACUCAUCAACAGCUUAGCUAACAUCCAGCUUCCACACAUGAGACCGCUGCCACAGAAAGAGGCCCCAGUAAAGCAUAACUGCUGUUUACAGAUGCCUCCCAGAGAGCCAAUGAAUGAACAGAACUUUGACACUUAUGUGAGUACAUUGACAGACAUGUAUACUCACCAGGACCAGUACCAGAGCCCGGAGAACAAGGCGCUGCUGGAGAACAUCAAACAGGCAGUUCAGGGUAUCCAGGUCUAGCCCUGAUUGAGGCCAAAAUAACAAAUGCAAAG